AUGCAACCGUCCGAGUAUGAGAUUCAGCGAGAAGUAGAGGCUCUCCGCGAUCUGAGAAGGCGGUCAACGGCAGGCGAACCCAUCUUAGAUCCUGAUCUCCCGAGCGCAUCAUCCCAGGCGUCGUCCAACCCUGCAUACUGGCCGACCGAAGACUCAUCUAGCGGCAGUUCACACGAGAGCAGCGACCAUGACUCCACGGAUGUUGCUAGUGAUCCCUUCCACCUCUUCUGGGUCCCUGCUCGGCUUCAUCCUGAGAUUGCGCCUGCAGAAUUCAGGCAGUUUCUAAAGGAACAUGCUCGAACUCCCGUUGACGAGACAGGCACUCUGGAGCGCUCGGCUUCCAGCGGCUCGGUUGGGUUAGGGAGGAAACGGUCUAUGCUUAGCAGGCAGUACAGUCCGUCUCCAAAUGAUGGCGUGGAGGAGGAGAAGGUCGUACCCAUCCGACGAAAUCGCAGCAGCAUCUACGCCCGUUCCGGCCCACAGCUCACAAUAAGCGACCUGCAAAAGCUGGAAGAGCUUGCCGAAGAAGCAUCUAAGAGUCAUGACCCCACACGACUGCGAAAUGUAUUGAAAAGGAGUCUUAGUUUGAAUAUAGCUCCGUCAGUCAUUGACCAGAUGGAUGACAUUCCCGAACUUGCGGACGAUGCAGAUGCGCCUAUCAUUGUUCCCCGUCCGGGGCAGGUGCUGCGUCGGUCAGCACGUACAAAAAUCCGCAAGCCAGGAAUGACCGGAGAAGGCUCUCAUCGCUUCACCGCGACACGUAGUCGCCGCAAGUCAGAAACACGAUCGGCUACGAUGCAUGAAUCGCGUGCUUCAAUAUCCAGCGAUAUAUCUUCAAGCGAUCAUGACCAUACUGAUUAUAGCCGGCGACCUCGCAGUGAAACCGAAGCGCCGGCUGCGAACCAGACACGCCCCGAGUCAUUCAGCAUGGAAGCGCUGAUAUACGAUGCGUAUGCCACGGAGGAACCGGAGGAGGAAGCACCUCCCCGCACCACAACACCUGAGCCAUCGGUCGAGUCCACCGCCUCUCCACCUUCUACGAGUUCGCAUUCAGAUCCUUCUGAGCAUGCACCAGAACAACCUGCCCCGGCCGUACCACCUCCUGUUCUUCACCACCCUCAGCCUCAAAGAGCGGUGGCACCUGCCGUCCCCGAAGAACCUCCUACACUAACACGUUCUCCUUCCCCUGAACCCACCUCAGUUGCGCCUCCUGCGACAGUGGCUUCUCCUCCGAUCGCUGCACCACAACCUCGCCCUUCUCUACAAGAGUCCCCUGUCUAUCACCCGCCUUCUCCGAGCCCCUCUGAGCAGCGUCGGGAGAAGGAUAAAAAGGGAGGUCUAUUCGCAAAGUGGGGCAGCGAUAAGAACAGUAAGAAGAAGGAGAAAGAGAAAGAGAAAGAGCCCGGUUUCUUCGGGUCGCUGUUUGGUGCCAAGAAGAAGCAGGAAGAGUCAGCUCCAUCGAUGGGGAUGGGUGCGUCUGGGCGUGAAACUGCUGCUGCGCUGCUUGGUUCUUCUAAGACUUCCAAGAGUCAUACACCAUCACCGUCUCCUCAGCUGGCCGGAAUGUAUGCGCGCUACCCCAUCCACGUGGAGCGUGCGAUCUACAGGCUAAGUCACAUCAAGCUUGCAAAUCCUCGUCGUCCUCUAUAUGAGCAGGUCUUGAUCAGCAAUCUAAUGUUCUGGUAUCUGGGUGUCAUCAACAAGACGCAGACUGCGCAGAUCAGUAACGAUGCGGCUGCUCCUCAACCUCAGAUAGGUAGCCAGUCGACGCCCAGCAGGGACCAGUUGGAACGGGAACAAAUGCAACGCGAAGAGCGAGAGAGGGCAGAACGAGAACGUUUAGAGAGAGAACAGGAGCAGAAGCGACGUGGCCUCACUAAGCAAUCCUCCGCUGGUUCUCCUGCGCCUGGUGCACGGAGGGCAGAGAUGCCAGUGCGUGGACCACAGUACGAGAUGCAGCAUCGGGUGAUGGAGCAAGAGUACAAUCAGCCGCCAAUGGCGAACGGAUCUGCGAACCCGUCGCUUGGUCGAACAACAUCCGCUUCCAAUUCUGCAGGCAGCUCAGGAUACCAGUCAUCUCCAUCGACAAGAUCAUCUUCAGCUGCUCCGGCGCCGUUCACAGUCGGUAGUACUCAGCCACAAACGCAGGUCAAUGGUGGAUUCUACAAUAUGGAUAAUUCUUCUAUACCGACUCAGCAGUAUCCUUCUGUCGUCAUGGGCGGACAGUUGCCACCGGGCGCGAUGCCUCCUGUUGCUGUAGAGCAAGGAUGGGUGAGUCCUGCUGGCUCGCCACAGCCAGUAACAUCACGAGGGCAGUCGUCAGCAUCGCCGCCUCGGUCUUCUAUAUCUGAAUCGGCAGCACCGCAGCCGAGUGCCACUCGCCGCGCACGAUCACCACCUCCAAAUCGCUAUACUCCAGCGCAAGAGAAGCAGUCGUAUGGCGGAGGUGGAGUGAAGAUUCCGAGUCGGUCCCUGUCUGCUUCCGCCGCACCGCCUGUGCAGACCAUGCAACAUGUCAACGGCAAGCUCAGGAAAGGCGUGAGCGCCCAUGCAGUGUCGACUAACUACCUGCAUUCAGAGGACGAGGAAAUACCGCUGGCGCUAUGGCAGCAACAGCAACGACGGAAGUAG